AUGGGAAACCUCUUAUCCCAAACGCAGCCAACCCCUCCUCUCCAUGCACCUGACACGCCCGACGCGUCCUCCGCCGGCAAGCGCAAACGUACGCCCUCGCCGACUUCUCCCGCGUCUAAUGCGAGCGACAUCAAGCCCCUAUCCGGCAUAGACGCCACGCCCGACGGCGACGUCCACCGCUUCAUAGUGCGCUGCCCGUCCAUCUUCUGGUGCACACGAAAGGACAUCGCGCGCGCGCUUGCUAAGAUCCCACGUAUGCCCCCCUACGGAGGCCUGCACAAGAUCACGCGCUGGGACCACUUCUUCAUCACCUUUCCGAACAAAGCCUGCGCGGAGCAGGGAGUGCGCUGCCUCAAUGCGUACAAGUACAGAGGGAAGCCCUGGGAGGCGAGCGCGGCCGCAGAGCACUCCUCGAAGCGCAGGCGCAUCGACAACACCGUACGAGAGUCGCGCACUUCUGGCUCGGGGCCCAUGGAUGACGGCGUUUGUAAGACGGCUGCCAUGGUCACCGCUAAAUGGAGGGACGUUGCGUAUGAGGAGCAGCUGAAGAGGAAGACGCGUAAAUGGACAAACGCCCUCAGUCUCGUUACCAAGGAGAUGAGGAAAGAGUUGCGAGGCAAGCGCCUACUGCCAUGGCUGGAUGACGUCAUUAGCAAGCGCGAGGGUAAGGGGCAUCCCGCCUGCUGUUCACUCGUCCAAAUUGUGGGCGCUGAGUCGGAGCGUGGGAGGAUGUACUACAGAAACAAGAACGAGUUUACUGUCGGUGUUUCUCCGGACGCUUGUGGCAUGGGGCAUGAUUAUCACAAGUCAACGUUGACGAUUGGCUACGCUUUGGGGCUUGUACGUGAUGGACAGGUGUUUAUUGGGAGGGUUGAUGAAGACUGUGUGACGACGAGCAAAACGGCGCGUGAAAUUGCACAAUGCCUUGCCCCCGCCAUUGAAAAGCUUGGACUACAACCAUACGACAAACGCGCACAUGAAGGGUAUUGGCGACAGGUCACUUGCCGGGAAGGAACCAGAACGGGACAGGUUCUAGUUUCGGUUGUCGUAAAUCCAAGUGCAUUGGAGGAGAAUGGAGCGCCGGGAGAUGGUACUCGCAUAUCUGACGAAGACUGUCAAAAGACGGUCAUAGGGGCUCUUCGACAACAUUUUGGAAUGGACAAGGAACUCGGAAUAUUUUGGCAACCCUCCUCUGACCGGUCUGCUGUCGGUGGAGACAUACCCGCAAUUCAUCUCCACGGCAUCAGCAGCCUGCACGAGGAAAUGUGUGGGCUGAAAUUCCGUAUUCAACCGACGGCGUUCUUUCAAGUGAAUACUUUUAUGGCGGAACGGCUGUAUAACCUCAUUGGCGACCUUGCAGAAGUGGACAAGGAGACGGUCGUUUUUGACGUUUGUUGUGGGACGGGAACCAUAGGGCUGUCCCUGGCACGAAGGGCGCACAGUGUGGUGGGAAUUGAAAUGAACGAGUCAGCUGUGGCAGAUGCACAGCACAAUGCAAAACUGAACGGCAUCGAUAAUGCAACGUUUAUUGCCGGAAAGGUUGAAAACAGAAUAUACGAUGCAAUCCAACAGCUCGAUGGCAAUCGCGAAUGUGUCGUGAUUCUAGACCCGCCCCGAGCCGGUCUUCCGAUGAACGUUGUGUCAGCCGUCAGAGCGAUGGGAGCUGUGCGACGAAUUGUAUAUGUCGCAUGCGAACCAAACAACUUUUGGAGAAAUGCUCUUGGAUUUUGCAGGCCGAGAUCAAAAGCUUUUCGCCUUGAACCGUUCCGCCCAGUCAAGGCUUACGGCCUAGAUCUUUUUCCGCAUACUGACCAUGGCGAGCUUGUUGUGCUUCUUGAGCGCGAUCUCGUCAAAGAGGAGAAGUAA